UGCGUAUGCAGGGGGCGGGGUUUAGCUGCUAGUCUGUGCUGGGGGUAAAUAAAUAAGCGCUCUCGGGUUGGAGGAGGUUAAUAUUAUCAUCAGUUUUAUUGUGUUUUACUGGAUUUAUUACAGUAGAGAUCGGGGAUGCUCGGAGUGGAUCGAUCUGCUUUAGCUGAAAUCUCCAAGAUGUCCGCGGCGAGUCAGGCAGAGAGAGCCGUGCUGGAGGAAGAGUUUAACUGGCUGCUUAAAGAAGAGGUACAUGCUGUGCUGAAGCAGCUGCAGGAAAUCUUGAAGGAAGCUUCAAGGCGAUUUGCAGUUCCGUCUCCAGGCAUGGAGAGUCAACUUAAACAAGAAAACUUUAUCCUUGGCAGCUCCACAAUGGACCAGGUGAAAGGAGUCCUGACUCUGCAGGGGGAGGCUCUGACUCAGGCCGAUAUCAACAUCAAAGUUGCUAAAAGCAGUCAAGUCAUGCAUUUUGCAUUCCGGGAUGAUAAACAGUGGAAAUUACAACAGAUCCAGGACGCGAGGAACCAUGUGAACCAGGCCCUGCAGCUGCUCAGCAGCCGUGAUGAGAGCUACCACUUUAAAACCGGUGCUGAGGUCAAUAAGCUGAUGGAUGCAGUGAUGCUGCAGCUGACCCGAGCACGAAACCGACUGACCACUCCAGCCACUCUGACCCUGUCUGAGCUCGCCUCCAGCGGCCUGAUGAAAAUGUUCACUCCUCCGAUGCCCGGCGACGUGGUGGUCAAUUUCUACAUUAAUCUCAGCAAACUCUGCCUGACCGUCUACCAGCUGCAUGUCCUGCAGCCCAACACCACCAAGAAUUUUAAGCCAGCUGGGAGUUCAGUUCUGCACAACCCUGGAGCGAUGUUUGAAAUCAACAACACUAAGUUUGAGGUGAGCCACGUGCACAAGGUGGAGUGUGUGGUGCCGUGGCUGAACGACACGCUGGUGUUUUUCACCAUCUCACUGCAGCUGUGCCAGCAGCUCAAAGAUAAGAUUUCUGUUUUCUCCAGCUUUUGGAACUACAGGCCAUUCUGAACCAAAGACCGUCUACAGUAUAAAACAUGUAUAAAAUAAAAUAUCUACACAUAAUCACUACAUGCUAAUGACACACAAUGCAGCUAUGUGUAAUUCAUUUAUGCAGCUUUGUGCUGGGACCAGUCACUCAGAGUAUGUGUGUGUAUAUGUGUGAGUGUGUACAUGUAGCUUAUCUUAAUUUUGACUGAAUCAGUAGUACAGAGAGAGAGAGAGAGAGAGAGUGUUAACACCUCCACCCAGAGUUGUCAUGGACACAUGAGUUGUCAUGCCUCAGCUCACAGGUUCAGAUAUUGAGAAGUAACUGUGAUGUUUGGGUUUGUUAUUGAAGGAUUUGCUCAUUUGAGCCAUAUUUUGCAGUCUUUGAGCUUCUCCAGGGAUUUCCAGAGGAUUUACAUUAAAUAGUUCACAGUGGGGUUUGGUGUGGAAUGCUCUGUUCUACAGAAAGUAGUUAGUCUGAAUAGUUUACAGUGGUGGUGAAUGGAAACAGACGUCUGAACCACUCAAAGCUCCCUCACAGAAACGUAUUACACCAAGUAGUUAAUAAUAAACUGCCGGAUACCUGAGCUCAGAGAAGAUUUUGGAUUGAAAAUGUGAAUUUAAAAUCACAUAUCAUUUAAAACAUCUCUAAAAAUGUAUUUUUUUUAUGUUUUCCCAUUAAUUUACCAUCAUCAUCCCAUUAAAAACCAAAAAGACACAUGUAGAAUCACUGGAUUUGUGUUGUAUUUAGUGUCUGACACCUGGUUCCAUUCACUAACACAGACUCAUAUUCAUCAAACGUCUCGUAGUACGAAUGCUGAUCCAGGAUCAUUUAAAGUUUACCAAAUGCUAUCAGACAGCUGAUGAGAGGUGAUCUUAAAUCAGCACCUUUACUCUGAGAUGCUUGAUAAAUGAGGCCCACUGUAAAUACAAUUUGCUGCAAAAAUUCCACACGAAACACACACUCUGAAUGUGUUGAUCUUACACACUAUUAUUAAUGCACGACUAAUUUUCAGGACAGAUUUCUCACAUUCCAUUAAUUAAUUUAUUUUGAAUAGAAAAUGUGAAAUUUCCUUAUUUGAGAUUUGUGAUCAAAAUCAGGUUAGCAGUGUUUCUUGACACCAAUCAGUGACUGUGGUGACUACCAUCAUUAGUAAGAAAUUGGUAUGCAAUUAGCUUUAUUAUGUGAACGUGAUCCAUCCGCUAAUGAACAACACUAAACAAUUUGAGUCUUUUUUUUUUAUUUUACUACAUCACUCCAAAAAAGGAAAAUAAUUUAGGGACUCCUUCUAUUUUACUACAUUCCAGAAGCGUAAAAGGAAUUUAUUAAAGUAAUGUUAGAUUAGUUUAUUUAUCAUCAUUAUUUAGUAUGAUACACAUGUUCUAAUACACAUUACUGUCUGACAGGUAUUGUUUGUUAAUUUAUUUGUAUGCUUUAUUUAUUGUGAUGCUGAAUGCACUUGCUGUUGGUCUCAGUGAGCCUCUGUUUGUUCAUUUUCCUGUUAAUUCCAAUAUUGAACAAAUGUGUAAAUCAGAGCUGAAGUGUGUGUUGACUGUAUCUGUGCAAUAAAUUGUCUGAACUGUACAAAUUCA